CCGUAAAUAAACAUUCCGAUCCCCGGAUUUACGAUAAACACUGCGGCAACCAGCACAGGAGGCACAUGGCAGCAUUCAAGCCUAACCAAAACCACCAAGGCAACCCCAAUUUCUGGAUAACGGUAAAGGGCAACUUAUCCAACAGACAUCCAAACAACAAUGACGUACCUGGUAGACUAAAAACAACAACACCAUCUGUAUUUUGGGGGGCUCAAAGAAUCUAUUGUAACCUGGAACUCUCUGCGGCUGGUACUCGGCCACUCUUUACCGAACCAAUUCUAUACUCAGCCCCCGGCCUGACCUUGCGACCUCGUCCGAUCAUCUGAGACCUCUUGAAUGCAGGCGAUAUAUGUACCAAUCUAGAUAAUCGCAAACAUGUCGUUCCUAUUCUCCAGGGCGAGGACCAGGACUAACACUCUGGAUCUUCCCAAGCAAGCAAGGGAGCAUAUCCUCAAGCUCGAUGGCCUCGGCAAGGCCGAAGAACUGGCCAAGGUGCUCAGCCAGAUGAAACUCAUCCUCCAAGGAACACCAGAAGUAGAGAGUACUCCCGAACAAGUAUAUCAACUCGUCACAGGUCUAAUAGAAGAAGACCUCCUCCUUCUACUCGCUCAGAACCUCCAUCGCCUUCCCUUCGAAUCCCGCAAAGAUACUCAAGUCAUAUUCUCCUACGUCUUCCGUUUCCGCCCCCCAACUGCGUCGCCCAAGACCGACCCGGUCGCAUUGAGUUACGUGGUCAACAACAAGCCGCAGGUAUUGUUAGAGCUAUGCCGAGGUUACGAUCAUAAAGAGAGUGCGACGCCCGCCGGCACCGUGCUACGUGAGGUCCUAAAGAGCGAGGCGGCCGCCGCCAUCAUACUCUACGACGAUGGAGAAGAGCCAGGAUCUAGUUUGAAAGGUGUCACGGCGAUCGAUAGGGAACGACCGCAAAGUGGCAACGGAGUAUUCUGGCGCUUUUUCGAUUGGAUAGACAAGAGUUCCUUCGAAGUUGCCGCCGACGCCUUCACCACAUUCCGAGAAUUAUUAACCAAACACAAAGAGCUCGUGCCUCGCUACCUCACCAUCAACUUCGAGCUCUUCUUCGACAAGUACAACUACAUCCUAGUGCAGUCCAACAGCUACGUGACGAAGCGUCAGUCGAUCAAGUUGCUCGGCGAGAUAUUACUCGACCGCUCGAACUACAACGUGAUGACGGCGUACGUGGACCGGGGCGAGCACCUGAAGAUCUGCAUGAACCUGCUGCGCAGCGACCGGAAGAUGGUGCAGUACGAGGGCUUCCACGUCUUCAAGGUCUUCGUGGCCAACCCCCACAAGUCCAUCGCCGUGCAGAAGAUCCUGCUGAUGAACCGCGACAAGCUGCUCAACUUCCUCUCCCACUUCCUCGAGGACCGCACCGACGACGAGCAGUUCAUCGACGAGCGUGAAUUCCUUAUUAAGCAGAUCCGGAACAUGCCCUCGAACCCCGUCCCCCCUGCCCGCCAGAUGACCCAGGCGGUCUAGAGGUGCCCUAGGGAGCCUGGCGGCGGUGCCGAGAGGGGCGUGUGCAUAUAAGGUCGCUUUUUACUGCUUUUUUAACCUAGGUACUUGUUGACGGCACAGGGCAGCUUCAAUUUGCUGGCUUUCUUUUUUUUAAGGAAAGGAAAAAAGCCUUGCUUUGCUUCGCAGAGGGGGGGAGCCUAGAUAUCGACGAUGAACAAAUUAACUGUAGACGUACGAAGCAGCCGUCAUGGCAGACAUUAUUGCAUGUAGUUAGGCGUUUUAGGUCAUCACCAUCACCAGAGCCACGAAGAGCUCUAACUUUGCAAUGAAAACGAAAUCAUACAUUCCCGU